GAACAGUGAUGUGAAUACAAUAUAAUUCCCGGAAUCCACCGCUUCCUGGAAUAGAUUAAAAGAGGCAAACAAAAGAUUAGUCAGUGCUCAUUACAGCGAGUGGCAGCCACAGCGAAGGUUGUGUUUUCUGGGCUCCGGAAUCCUCCCGCUGUCUUCAUCCUAGACUGGCUGUCUGACCGGCAGUGCUGAGUCUCUGGCCUGGGCCGGACGCCUGAGUUUUUUGGGACAGAGAAGGAACAAGUUCUGACAGCCCUUCUCAGCUUCUCGCGGCUGGCUGCGGGAAUCCUUCGUGCCCUGGUCCUUUUCCUAGAGCCGGCUUUAGGGAGGAGGCCACGGAACCAGGAGCCCCGGUGAGCCCUGAGCCCCUACUCAAGCCCCGAGCCCUGUGGACGCCUGGCUGAAGUUCGAGUGACUGAGCCCGAAGUUUGGACGCGGCUAACAUUUUCUCGGGUUAUUCCCUGAGCACCACAGGAACAGCCUCUCUUUCCGCCAUACAUCCCUCGCACCGGACCAGGACAGAAGAGAGAGAGAGAGAAAGGGCUCGAGGGGAGACCGCGGCUGGCCUCCCUGAAGCCCAACGGGACAUGAUCUUCUGCAUCCAAGGACCCCAUCCUUUACUGGAAGAAGAGAGGAUUGCCGGGUUGACGGUACCUGGGCUAGCUGAAUUACCAGAGCCAGUCAUGCAACCCCUGUCUGUGACCUCCUUCCAAGAGGAAGAGGUGGCUCCAGCCCUAAUGGAGAAUGAGUUGCAUCAAGUUCGUGACCCCGAGGAAGACUUGUUAUGCAUUGCCAAGACGUUCACCUACCUUCGGGAAUCUGGUUGGUACUGGGGAUCUCUCACAGCGGGUGAGGCCAAGCAGCACCUUCAGAAGAUGCCUGAGGGUACCUUCCUGGUACGGGACAGCACCCACCCCAGCUAUCUGUUCACACUCUCCGUCAAGACCAACAGGGGCCCCACCAAUGUUCGCAUAGAGUAUGCUGACAGCAAGUUCAGGUUGGAUUCAAACUGUCUGUCCAAGCCACGGAUUUUGGCCUUCCCGGAUGUGGUCAGCCUCAUCCAGCAUUAUGUCACAUCUUGCACAACUGACGGCAAGAACGACACCCCGUACCCUCCCCCUGCCUCGCUCCUGCCCAGCCACAAGGACACAGUUCCCACCACGGCAACAGUGGCUGCUGUCCACCUAAAACUCAUCCAGCCCUUUGUGCGGAAGAGCAGCGCCCCGAGCCUACAGCAUUUGUGUCGGCUCGCCAUCAACAAGCUCACUGCUGAGGUGGACCAAUUGCCCCUGCCUAAGCGGAUAGGGGACUAUCUCAGGCAAUACCCUUUCCAGCUCUGAGACAGAACCUGGUGUCCAUCUGUCUCGGCAGACCUGGGAAGACCAGGAGGCCGCCUCAUCAUUUGUCCUUUUACAGAAACCCUAUCCAACAAGACACAGACCUCACCAUUCCAACAGGUGUGGAUUAUGGUAACUACCUUUUGGGGAUUGGGAAUGCCCUUUUCCCUGUCCUCCCCUAAUUUCUGCCCAUCCCUGGGGAGCAAGGUGCUUGGUCUGUGUCUGCAGACCUGGGGACCCAACACCAGGAUGAGAGUAACUAUGCCUGAAGUUCCUGGGGGCCAGACCACGGCCAUAGGACUAGACUCCUGCCUCUAUUUAUUUUCCUGGCCACAUCAGGGAGAUGUUGGGAAGUGGGGUCAUAUUCCUCUUCUGCUGUGCCAGGAUGUGGGACCAUCCCAGACUCAGACUAGGAUUCCCCUCUGACUUAAUUACAUAUGUGCCAACUACCUGAACAGUACGGUCUUGGCUCCUUCUCUGCCUUGGGCAACAGUCCAGAACGGAGAAGCUCACCACUUAUGCUCAGCCUUCUCCGAAGACAGGCAGUCAAGCCUGCUUACCACACACCACCCACCCCCAGAGAACAUUACUGGACUGGUCAAGCUUGCUAAUGAACAUUUCUCAUCAGGAAAGAGGCAGCAGAAAUUCUCUUUUCUUCCCUUGCCAUCCAUCCUUCUCCUUCCAUGGGAAUUGUCAGUCCUGGUAUCCCAUGGCUCUCAUACCCAUCAGUAAAGUCUGGGAAAGAGGGAAGAAUGGGAGGCCACAGGAGAGAAGUGGAGGGGCCUUUUGGCCUGAGGCCGAAAGUGACCCAACUGUUUUUCAGUAUUUAUUUAUUUAUUCUUUUUGUUUGUUUGUUUGUGGUUCAAUAAUACCAGAGCAGGGCCUAGAUUCAGCAAGCUGGCCUCAGCCUGUUUCAGGUCCUGCUCCUCUGAUCUCCAGGGCUCUCCAAAGUAUCCCAAGAUCUAAUUCUUAUUUGUUUUCUCUGAUGUGGCAAAGUCCUUCUUCUUACAUGAAGUCUAACCAAAUCAGUGCCAGUAAAUGAAGCUCCUCCCCUACCUUGAGCACCAGCUCCCUGUCUCACUAGCCUUCUGGAAGAUGUCUUCCCCACAGAGAUAGAAGGCCCUUACCUCCACAGAUCUGAAUUCAGUUAAGGCUGAGGGCCCUGCUUCCAUUCUGGCCCUCGCAUCUGAAUCUCAGAAGAAAUUUUGCACACUCCCACGAAGUGCCCUGGUCCUCUCCCAAGGCCCCUGAGGCUGAAGUGGCAAGCUGUCUUCUUACGCGUUGAUGAACAGAUCGAUGGAAGGGCAGGGGGUU